AUGCCAUCAACUCUGCCGGUAAGGAAGGUCUCCGAAUGUCACGACUUCAGUCCGGAGACAAUCCUGCAUCAUUUCUACACAACUACGGCGAUGACGUGCGGUAGUCCGGCCAGUCAGGCUGUCCAUGGGUCUGCUGUUGUCACUGCUGCUGUACAGACUCCUUUCCUGAUGAACGCGUUGCUCGGGCUUGCUGCAGCUCACCUCCGCUACCUUAUGCCACCAGAGCUUGUUGCAUCAAAGAGUCGGUUGAAGGUAGCUGAGUGCUACUAUUGGGCGCAAGCAUUCGACGGCUUCAGAGCAGAGCUUUCCGGUUCUGACAAAUCAUGCAGUCUCAUAGCAACGAAACGAAGCAAUGUUACGCGCGAGAAUAUGGAUCAGCUGCUAUCGACGUUGAUGCUGGUCAGUAUGCAUCAAUUUUCCUACCGCGACUACCAGCACACCGAUGGAGAUCCAGCAGGACUCUCCUUCGUAUGGCGAGAUGAUCGGACGGAGAGAGAGGAUGCACUCAAGUGGCUGGGCAUAGAGGCAGGAUUUAAAGGCCUCAUCGGGGCGAUGGCACCCUGGUUGAACGAGAGCUUCUGGCUGCCAAUCAUGCGAAGGGUGGACGUGGAAGACGAGGUCGAUCUGGACGGUUGGUUGUCCGGCGCAGUCCUGCCCAUCAACCCUCUGGAUUCUGUCGAGGUGAGAUUGGCGGAAGUGUGCGGCAUCACGAGUUCAUCAUCCGGCGGAAGCAACGACUACUCCACCAAUGUCGAGACCCUGAUCUGGUGUCGUUCCUUUCGACCUAUUGGUCCCGAGCACUUCAAUCAGAUGAUUGCUUUCGUUGGCCGAACUACGCCCGCAUUUCGUGAGCUGUUGCUGCAGCGCGAGACACCCGCGCUACUCAUACUGGUGCAUUGGCUGCAUCUGAUGCAUGGUAUUGGACAGUGGUGGAUCGUUGAGAGAUGUAGCGCUGAGAUCCGCGCAAUUGUUGCCUUCUUGUGCAAGCGCCAUGUCAGCGGUCGUGAUCGUAGCAAGGUCAUUGACUUGCUACGAGAACCAGCAGCUACGGUAGGAUUAACGAUAAGAGUAUAA